UCACAAAGACCUCAGACCAGUUUAAAUCAUGACCAGGCACUGUACUUGUUCAGACUACUUAGGCUUCAUCAUUCUUUCAACGCGCUUGCUUUUCAGUUCGAAGAACUUUGUGCAGGACUGAAAUACUACUAAAGACCUUUGAUUUCUUCUGAAAGUAUAUACAUGCAAGCAUUUUGUUCUGAUUUAACUGUCGAAAAGCACCCGUGCACUUGGAGAUGCCAGCUGCUGUCAUGGACAACUUUGACCGGGGAAGUCCUUUCUCUCAAAGUGAUUCGCAAAGUCCUCUUGAUUGGAGCACACAGUCAGACGACCACAGGCACCAUCGCAGAGACAAAAACAGAGAUGCAGCUCGCAAGAGUCGCAGAAAACAGACAGAAAAGGCAGACAUGCUGCAUGAGGAACUCCAAACCCUAGAGCAGUCUAAUGCAGCAUUCAUAAAAGAAAUCGCUGAACUGAAGAAGGAGCUUCAAUUCUACACCACAGCCUUGGAACAACAUAUACCUCACUGCACUAAACUGUGUCCAUUUGAACCAUCAGUUAGUGUUACAGGAGGACCGUCCACAGCUACGCCCUCUACCUCAGAUAUCACCUUCAACUCGGACCCCGACCUCUUGCCGGAACUUGCGUUCUUACCAGACACUAAUUCAGUGGACUUAUCUCUUACAGACCUCCUCGACAGCGGUGAUUGGUGUCCAUGGGACUCAGUGAAUGGAAAUGGGUGUCUACAGCAGUUUUGAGGUGCUGUACAAUCAAUUAUUUGGUCACAAGGCUUACACACUACUACAUCCUUUUUGUGGUGUUCAAAUGCUAAUGGUGCUAAAAACCAUGAUCCAUUAAAGUGUGAAUAUAUUAUUAAAACAAUACUUACAGAUGGCAUUUACAUGUAGCUAUAUUUUAGAUACAGGCAUUAUAUUUUUUUAUAUGUAGGACCACAGCCUAUGUUGGGCUUAUUGAUACCAUACUUUAAUCCAUUUUGAUUUGUAAUAUGAAAAUGUUCAGUUAUUUCAUGAAAUUAUUUUGUAUAAUUUUAAAGGUUAUUUAUUGAAAUAUGGGUCAAUUACCCUCAUUCUUUUUCAGUUAUAUGAUUUUAUUCAGAUUAAAGCAAAUGUGUGUA